AAUACCCCCAUCACCCCCAUUCCUAUUUCCUAAACCAAACCAAAGACCUCUCUCCCUUGGAAACUUUGUCCAGUGUUAAGAAACCAGACAUGGGAAAUGAUGAUGAUAAGAAGAAGCCUGUGAAAAAACCAGCACAGGCUAGCUCCAGAAAGGGUUGCAUGAGGGGUAAGGGAGGUCCUGAGAAUGCUGCUUGCACCUACAAGGGUGUGAGGCAGAGAACUUGGGGGAAAUGGGUCGCUGAGAUCCGUGAACCAAACCGUGGUGCACGCCUCUGGCUUGGCACAUUUGAAACCUCUCGUGAUGCUGCCUUGGCCUAUGAUGCUGCUGCCAAAAAACUCUAUGGAUCUGAUGCAAAGCUGAACCUUCCAGAGGUUCAUCAGCCUCCAAACUCAAACCCUCCUCCAAGCCCUCCAACUCCCCAAAUGUCACCACAGCCUCAAAUUCACAACACCACCUUUGAUGUUGUUCCUGAUGUCAACCCUUCUGAUUUCACCAACAACAUGGUCAACAGCAACAACCCUGUGCUCUCCAUGGCCUCUCACCAGGUUGGUGAUGUGCCAGUCUAUACCAGUGACUCAAUUGUGUCCCUUCCUUUUGAAACCACCCACAACAAUGUCACCCUUCCAUAUGAAACCAUCAACGACCAUGUCUCUCUUCCAUAUGGAACCAACACCCACACUGUCCCCCUUCCAUAUGGAACCAACACCAACCAUGUCAGCCUUCCAUAUGGAACCGACCCCAACCAUGUCUCUCUUCCGUUUGGAACCCCCAACAACCAUGUCUCCUUUCCAUAUGAAACCAACAAUGUCUCCUUUCCAUAUGAAACCAACAAUGUCUCCUUUCCAUAUGACUUCAACAGCAAUGUCUCUCUCCCAUUUGGAACCAACUUCACUGUUCCGCAAAUGGAGAAUUUCUCCUUCUACAGCAACUCUUUCUGGGGGAUGAUGAACGAGACUGUUCCUAUGCUUGAUGAAUCCAUUUGGACUGAUGAUGCUAUGACCCUUGAUUUUCCUUUUGUUGCAGAUGAUGAAAUCUUUGGAACUGGAAAUUUCCCUGAUGUGGGUGGAUGGAACUAUGGCGAAGACGACAACGUCGACGACAACAGCCCUCCUCCUCCUUGGAUGUAAACAGUGGUUAAAUGAACUAUUUCAUGAGACAACGAUAAUAGUAAUAAAUAAAGCUUGUCUCAUCAUGAUGAAGACCUUGGAUCACCAGAUAUUAUGUAUAUGUAUAUAAUAAGUAUGUAAAAAACUAUGGCUUAUGAAGCUUAUUAUUAGUUAAGUAUAUAUAUAUAUAUCUAUUAUCGGCCUAAUAGUAUAGGUCUAUCUUAUGGUUGAAACUUUCCCGUAAAGUUGUUAAAGGAUGUCGUGAUGAUGUCCUAAUGAUAUUAAGAUGGCGCGCAUUUCCUUCUGUGUUAUAUUAUUAGAAUAUUAUAAUAAGCGCAGCUUAUAUUAUAUA